AUGGACAGAAUAAGAGAGGGCCGGCAGGCGAGAAAAGAGCAUCGAGUAAUCCAGUGGUCCCAUCAAAAGUUUCGUGAUGCAGGCAAUUACACACAAAGUUUCAACCUGUUCCACAAGAAGGUCAUCGUCACAGCCGAACCAGCGAACAUCAAAGCAGUUUUUGCAACGAAUUUCAACGAUUUCGACACGGCAGGCCGCCUGGAAUUCAUUGGUCAGGUCGUCGGCAAGGGUAUCUUCACGACUGACGGAGAAGAAUGGAAACAUUCACGUGCGAUGAUUCGGCCCAACUUUGCCAGAGCCCAGGUCGCAAACAUCGAUGCGAUCGAGGUUUAUCUGCAAGAUAUGUUCAAAUUGCUUCCGAGCGAUGGUACACCGGUAGAUCUCCAGCCGCUGUUCUUCGGCUUGACGAUUGACACAUCGACCGAAUUUCUCUUCGGCGAAUCGGUGCACUCUCUGCGCGGUGAUGAGCCAGGCAAACCAUCUGGUGUUGCAUUCGCACACGCAUACGAUACGGCGCUGCAGCAAUGCGCGAUCAGGGCGACACAACCUCCGUGGGAAAGAAUCAUGGGCCAGUCGAAGGAAGACCUGCAGAAUUGUAGAACAGUUCAUGACUUUGUCCAACGAUACAUUGACGAGGCUCUUAGAUGGCGACGAACCUGGGACGGAGAAGCAAAAGCAUUGCCGACCGGUCAAUAUACAUUUCUAUUUGAGUUAGUCAAGGAAACCACCAAUCCCGAAGUACUGAGGGGUGAGGUGUUGAACCUCUUGCUUGCCGGGCGAGACACUACGGCUAGUCUUCUCGGGAGCAUGUUUUUCCAACUUGCGAAGCGGCCGGAUAUCUGGGACCGGCUCCGCUCGGAGAUUGCUGAGUUAAGUGGGGCCAAACCCAGCUUUGAAGAGUUGAAGAACCUGAAGUUGCUGCAGUGGUGUAUGAAAGAGACACUUCGCGUCAACACUAUUGUACCUACUAUCAUCAGGAAUGCUAACAAGGACACUACACUUCCAGUAGGAGGUGGCAACGACGGCAAAUCCCCGAUUUUGGUGGAAGCAGGCCAGAUGGUGUUCUGUCAAACGGCUGUGAUGCACUUGCGCGAAGACAUCUGGGGUCCCGACGCAGCAGUAUGGAAUCCCGAUCGCUGGGCUACAUUACGCCCUGGUGCAUGGGAUUACCUACCAUUUAUCGGAGGUCCACGUGUAUGUAUUGGUCAACAAUACGCGCUUACCGAAGCUGGAUACGUGACCGCACGAAUGGUACAGACCUUCUCAAAGUUGGCCAGCCGCGAUGCUGGGCCAUGGCAGGAGAAGCUCACUUUGACUUGCGCCGCAAAGCAGACUAAUGUUUCUCUUACGCGCGCUUGA